AUGUUGAUCGUACUAUUCUCAUUUCCGUUGUUAUUUUGUUUUACGCUGCAAGUGAUGCAAACUGAUUUCGAACGAUUCGAACAAUUUUCAGGAUACGAAGUCUUCAACACUUCUCUUCGCGUUCGUAAGUACAAUCGAACAACGAUAACACUCAACGGUACAAUACAUCUAACGGUACCACUUAACGAAAGCGUUAUGAUACGUUUCGAUCUCUUCCAUAGCAGUCGUGGCAAUCAGCAGUUCAAUCACUAUCCAGUAAAAUUCCCCAAUCAGCCCGUGUGCGAGUUUAUAGAUAACUUUUACGCAGACUACAGCAAAUAUGUCGACGAUAUGAUUAACCUACCGAGGAAGGGCGAGUGCCCGAUUGCACCGCGCAUUAUAUACGUGCUCAACAAACCGUUUCCGAGCAAAGCAGUACCUCCAUUUUUCCCAUCGGGACUGUGGAAAACGCAAAUCCUCAUCACACUGAACGACGUUGAGAUAGCGCGGUUUGAGCUGAUCACCAAAACUUGGAACGAUUUCGGAAUUUGA